UCAGUUACCAUUUGAUCUUCCUCCGAACGAAACUCCCGAAACCGUAAUCCUUCUCUUCUCUCCCAUUCUUUUCGGAUUCAUAUUCGCGCCAACACAGCCGAACAUGACGCACUUCAGUUUCAACCUCCUCCACAAUUUCGAGCCCAAUAGAGAUUCUUAUGGAUUUGCAUUAAGGCCUCAGUACGCACAAAGAUACAAAGAGUAUUCUUUUAUCUACAAGGAGGAGGAAGAUGAAAGAUCAGAUAAAUGGAGAAGCUUCCUUGAACAGGUAGCCAAAUCAUCUCAACCAAGUUCUCCUGUGAACGAACAUAAAGGAACAUCAAAGGCUGAAAGUAAUGAGGUAAAAGAAGAGAGAGACCCACAUAGGGUAAGCAACGGAGACGAAUCAAGUAGCAGGAAGUUUUCUGAAGGUACUGAGGUAGAAGAACAGACUAGUGCAGUCAGGGUUAGUGAAAUAGAUGAUUCAAGUGGCAGGAAGUCUGUUGAAGGUAAUGAGGUAAUAGAAGAGUCAAUUCUAGAUCGGGUUAGCAAAGAAGGUGACACAAGUGGCCAGAAGUCUUCUGGAGGUACUGAGAUAAAAGAAGGUAAUAGUCCAGGGAGGGUUAGUGAAGGGGAUGAUUCAAGUGGCAGAAAGUCUGUUUCUGAUAUUUCAACAGGAAAUAAUUCUGAAAAGGAACUGCACUGUUCAGAAGAAAGAAAGACUCGUAAGGUUCAAAGCUGGGCUGAAAUUAGACCGUCUCUUACUACCAUUGAAGAAAUAUUGAGUUCUCGUGUCAAGAAGGUAAAGAAUAUGAAAGGUGAGCAGAGAAAUGGUAAUAACGACCACCUUCCAUCUAUAGAAGAAUCUGAACGUGUAGAAGGGGCUUCUGAGGAGGAUAUUCAGGAAGAGGCCUGCACUAAUGAGACACUAGAUGAUGGUAUGAAUGGCUCAAAGGCAGAAAAUGCUUUAGUGGAUCAAGACUUAACUGAACUUUUCUCUCCUUGGAAAGAACUGGAGUCCCUUGUUCAGGGAGGAGUCCCAAAGGAUCUUAGAGGAGAGGUCUGGCAAGCCUUUGUAGGUGUGAAGACACGGCGGGUGGAGAGCUAUUAUGAGGAUCUGUUAGCUCAAGAAACUAACAGUGGUGAAAGCAAGGAGCAAGAUGUCCCAUCUGGUGCAUUAGGGAAAUGGAGAAAGCAGAUUGAGAAGGAUAUUCCACGAACUUUCCCAGGCCACCCUGCUUUGGAUGAAAAUGGCAGAAAUUCCUUGCGGCGUUUACUGCUAGCAUAUGCUCGGCAUAACCCCUCUGUUGGGUACUGUCAGGCAAUGAAUUUCUUUGCUGGUAUAUUGCUGCUUCUUAUGCCAGAAGAAAAUGCCUUUUGGGCAUUCGUUGGCAUAAUUGAUGAUUAUUUUGAAGGCUAUUAUACCGAGGAAAUGAUAGAAUCCCAGGUGGACCAGCUUGUUUUUGAGGAACUGAUGCGUGAAAGAUUUCCUAAACUUGUUAAUCAUCUGGAUUACUUGGGAGUGCAGGUGGCAUGGAUAUCUGGACCUUGGUUUCUAUCAAUCUUUGUGAACAUGAUUCCUUGGGACAGUGUUCUUCGAGUUUGGGAUGUGCUGCUAUUUGAAGGGAACCGUGUUAUGCUCUUUCGAACAGCAUUGGCUCUAAUGGAAUUAUAUGGUCCUGCAUUAGUUACUACAAAAGAAGCAGGUGAUGCGAUUACUCUUUUACAAUCACUUGCUGGCUCAACAUUUGAUAGCAGCCAGCUUGUCUUUACUGCUUGUAUGGGUUAUCUAGCUGUGACAGAGGCAAGGUUGCAGGAACUGAGAGAAAAACACCGUCCAUCUGUAUUAGUUGUUAUAGAAGAAAGGUCAAGGAAGGGACGGGUUUGGAAAGAUUCCAAAGGGCUUGCGUCUAAACUGUACAGUUUCAAGCAUGACCCAGGGUCAGUGGUUGAGGAAAGAAAAAACACUGAAGGAGGUGAUAUAGUAGCUGAUAAAGAUGUACUUUUAGAGUCCCAAUCCUCUAAUUUAGAUGAACUGCUUAAUAGCCUCAAUGUUGAUUCAGAAGUGGAUUCUCUACCAGAUCUCCAGGAACAGGUGGUUUGGUUGAAGGUUGAGUUAUGCAGAUUGAUGGAGGAGAAAAGAUCUGCCAUACUCAGAGCUGAGGAGCUAGAAACAGCUUUAAUGGAGAUGGUGAAGGAAGAUAAUCGUCUGGAAUUGAGUGCAAGGGUUGAGCAAUUGGAGCAGGAGGUAGCUGAGCUACAACAAGCCCUUGCUGAUAAGAAAGAACAAGAAGCUGCUAUGCUGCAGGUCUUAAUGCGGCUAGAGCAGGACCAAAAAGUUACUGAAGAUGCUCGCAGAAAAGCAGAGCAAGAACUUGCAGCUCAGAAAUAUGAAGUUCACAUGCUUCAGGAAAAAUAUGAGAAGGCUAUGGCAUCAGUAGCAGAGAUGCAAAAGCGGGUUGUUAUGGCAGAAAGUAUGUUGGAGGCUACCCUUCAAUAUGAAUCUGGCCAAUCCAAAGCGGUUUCUUCUCCAAGGGCUGGUCGUGUACAAAGCCCAAGAUUAGAAAACCCCACACGGAAGAUUGGUCUACUAGGUUUUGGACUUGGCUGGCGUGACAGAAACAAGGGAAAACCUAAUGCUGAGGAAUCUUGCGAAAGUUUGCAUAACAAUGUCACUCCGAGAAAAGAAUCCAAUAACCAAGAAGAAGAUAGAUAGAUCAUGAAGAGCAAUGUCACUGGAACCCCACAACCCGGUGCUCUCCUGCCUACUUAGCAGUUGUUACUUGUUUCUGAUUAUCACUGCUCAAUUUUCUUUAUUGAUUAUGUCAGAUAGUUGGCCGAAAGAUAGGGUAAGAGUCCAUAUGUAUCAUCAUCAAAAUCCAAAUGGGAAUAUUAAUUUUUUUUUUAUAUACUUAGGAAUAUUAAUUUUUUACUCCCCUCUAUUUUGACUAUUCAUUCAACUAGAUUAAAGUCAGAUGUAAUGAAUAUUUUAUUUGUUUAUAGA